AUGGACCUCCAUGCUGAUUCCAUAGCGUCGGUGGUUCUAGAAGAAUUCAAAAAGCUCCCCGCGAAACGAAAACCGGCCGUCCGUGACAAUGGCAUCCGCGAAUGGGUACCCCUGAGCAGUAUCGUUGUUGAAGGCCCGAACGGCCUAAAAUGUGUUGCGUUGGCCACCGGCAUGAAAUGCCUCCCAGCCUCCAAACUCGCACAAUCCAGGGGUAUCGCCCUCCAUGACUGGCACGCGGAAGUUCUAGUUAUCCGAGCCUUCAACCGGCUCAUACUCGACGAGUGCAGACGCCUAGCCCAGGACAGUUCCGCCACGUCUGAGUACCUCCGACGAAGAACUCCUGAUGAGUUAUCUCAAACCCCCGAAGACGGGCCGUGGCACCAGCAGCCUUUUACCUGGCGUGAGGAACUAAUUUUACACAUGUAUUGUUCUGAAGCACCAUGCGGCGACGCCUCAAUGGAACUCAUCAUGUCAUCCCAAGACGACGCCACCCCCUGGGACAUCCCCCCUCCCCCUCAACCCCCCUCACCAUCACAAUCACCAUCACCACCACCCCAAACUCCCUCCCCCACCCCCCUCCUCGGCCGCGGCUACUUCUCCCAGUUAGGCAUCGUCCGCCGCAAACCCUCCCGCGCCGACGCCCCCCCAACCCUCUCCAAAUCAUGCAGCGACAAACUCGCCCUGAAACAAUGUACCUCCCUGCUCAACUCGUUAGUAUCGCUGUUUGUCUCACCGGAGAAUGUGUAUUUGGCUACGUUGGUGCUGCCGGCGUCGCAGUUUUCGGAGGAGGGGUGUCGGAGGUGUUUUGGGGAGGGGGGACGGAUGGCGGGGGUUGUUGUUGUUGAGGGGAGGGCCCGGGAUUGGGAGGGGGGUGGUUAUGGGUUUUGGCCGUUUAGGGUGGAGGUUGUGAGUGGGGGGGAGUUUGGGUUUUCGAGGAGGGGGAUUGAGGAGGCUGCCGCCGCUGCUGCUGCUGCUGAUGGUGAUGAGGGGGGGAGCAAGGUGAAGAUGGUGGCGAGUAAUCUGGCUGUUGCGUGGACUGCGGGAGGGGAGGUUGAGGAGGGGUUGAUUGGGGGUGUGUUGCAGGGCAGAAAGGCGUUUGACUUGAAGGGGGCAAGUCUGACAUCACGUCGGAGGAUGUGGGAGGCUGCGGUGGAAGUGGCUGAGAUGAUGGGAGAUGAAGGCAUAUUGCGGGAGUUGCGAACGGAGAGGUAUGAUGGGGUGAAAGAAUCGGCAUCGUUGGAAGCAAGAAGGAGGGUAAAGGAGACUGUCAGGGGGGAAGCGUUGAAGGGUUGGAUUCGGAACACUGGCGACGGCGAGUUUGGCUUGUGA